UCCAGCCUUCUGUGAGGUUGGACGGACAAGGCCAAGGCACAGAGAGAGAGGGGCAACAGCAGCUCUUAGUAGAGAGAUACCGGUCCACAGAUUUACCUUAAAUCAACGUCAAUUCAAGGAUAAACAAAAAAGUUACAGCUUUGCAAAAAAAGACAAAGUGCCGGGACAAGAUGAUGACCCAGAUAGAGACAACGGUGCACUAUGACAACGGGUACGAGGAUGAAUAUAUGCUCCAGGAGGAGGAAUGGGACAGAGACAUGCUGCUUGACCCUGCAUGGGAGCAACAGCAGAGGAAAACCUUCACAGCGUGGUGUAAUUCUCAUCUGAGGAAGGCUGGGACCCAAAUUGAAAACAUUGAGGAGGACUUCAGAAAUGGAUUAAAACUCAUGCUGCUCCUGGAAGUCAUCUCAGGAGAGAGGUUACCUAAGCCAGAUAGAGGGAAAAUGCGAUUUCACAAGAUUGCUAAUGUCAACAAAGCAUUGGACUUCAUCACAAGUAAAGGAGUUAAACUGGUCUCCAUUGGAGCUGAAGAGAUUGUGGAUGGGAAUGUAAAGAUGACUCUUGGAAUGAUCUGGACCAUCAUUCUCCGCUUUGCCAUUCAGGACAUAUCUGUGGAAGAAACCUCUGCAAAGGAAGGCCUGCUCUUGUGGUGUCAGAGAAAGACUGCCCCCUACAGGAAUGUAAAUGUUCAAAACUUCCAUGUCAGCUGGAAGGAUGGCCUGGCUUUCUGCGCCCUGAUUCAUAGACACAGACCAGAUCUCCUCGACUUCUCUAAGCUCAACAAGGAUGAUCCUCUGGGGAACCUGAACCUGGCUUUUGACAUAGCCGAAAAACACCUGGACAUUCCUAAAAUGCUGGACGCAGAAGAUAUCAUCAAUACCCCCAAGCCUGAUGAGAGGGCCAUCAUGACCUACGUGUCAUGCUUUUACCACGCAUUUGCUGGAGCUGAACAGGCAGAGACAGCAGCCAACAGGAUCUGCAAGGUCCUUGGUGUUAACCAAGAGAAUGAGAAACUGAUGGAGGAAUAUGAGAGACUGGCAAGUGAGCUGCUGGAGUGGAUCCGCCGCACCACUCCCUGGCUGGAGAACCGGACCCCUGAAAAAACCAUGGCAGAGAUGCAGCGGAAACUAGAGGACUUUAGGGACUACAGGCGACAACACAAACCUCCCAAAGUUCAGGAGAAGUGUCAGCUGGAGAUCAACUUCAACACCCUGCAGACCAAGCUGCGCAUCAGCAAUCGUCCUGCUUUUAUGCCUUCUGAAGGGAAGAUGGUUUCUGAUAUAGCCAGUGCCUGGCAGGGCCUGGAGCAGGCAGAGAAAGGCUUUGAGGAGUGGCUUCUGACUGAAAUACGACGACUUGAGAGACUAGAUCAUCUCGCUGAAAAAUUUCGCCAAAAAGCCACCAACCAUGAGAAUUGGGCUUGUGGUAAAGAGCUGAUCCUCACCCAGAAGGACUAUGAGACUGCCACCUUGACAGAAGUCAGAGCGUUGCUUCGCAAACAUGAGGCCUUUGAGAGUGAUCUGGCAGCCCACCAAGACCGAGUGGAGCAGAUUGCUGCCAUUGCACAGGAACUGAAUGAGCUGGAUUACCAUGACAUUGCCUCUGUAAACCAGCGUUGCCAGGGCAUCUGUGACUUGUGGGAUAAAUUGGGAACCUUGACUCAGAAGAGGAGGGAGGCACUAGAGCGCACAGAGAAGUUGUUGGAAACUAUUGACCAGUUGUUCCUUGAGUUUGCCAAAAGGUCAGCUCCUUUUAACAACUGGAUGGAAGGAGCUAUGGAGGAUCUGCAGGACAUGUUCAUAGUUCACACUAUUGAGGAGGUCCAGAGUCUAAUUGCUGCUCAUGAGCAGUUCAAAGCAACUCUGCCUGAGGCAGACACAGAGAGACAGGCCAUUUUAGGAAUCCACAAUGAGGUGCAAAAGAUUUCCCAAAGCUAUGGGAUUAAGGCAAACCUCAUCAACCCUUACAGCACCAUUUCAACAGAGGAGCUUCUUAACAAGUGGGAGAAGGUAAAGAAGCUGGUUCCUCAGAGAGAUGGUGCUCUCCAGGAGGAGAUGGCACGCCAGCAUGCCCAUGAAAGACUGAGACGCCAGUUUGCUGCUCAGGCCAAUCUGAUUGGACCAUGGAUUCAAACCAGGAUGGAGGAAAUUGGGCGUUGCUCCCUGGAGAUUGGAGGCACGCUGGAGGACCAGAUGACCCAGCUAAAGCAAAUGGAGCAUGUGAUCAUUGCAUACAAGCCAAACAUUGACAAGUUGGAAGGAGACCACCAACUUAUCCAAGAGUCACUCAUUUUUGACAACAAACACACCAAUUACACCAUGGAGCACAUCCGAGUGGGAUGGGAGCUGCUCCUCACCACCAUCGCUCGAACCAUUAAUGAGAUUGAGACCCAGAUCCUGACACGGGAUGCCAAGGGCAUCAGCCAGCAGCAGAUGAAUGAGUUCAGAUCUUCUUUCAAUCACUUUGACAGGAAGAAGAAUGGAGCAAUGGAAACGGAUGACUUCAGAGCCUGUCUCAUCUCAAUGGGUUAUGACUUGGGAGAGGUGGAGUUCGCUCGCAUAAUGAUGCUGGUGGAUCCAAAUGCAACUGGGAUUGUCUCCUUCCAGUCUUUCAUUGACUUCAUGACCAGAGAGACGGCUGAUACAGACACUGCCGAGCAGGUUGUGGCAUCCUUCCGGAUCUUGGCAGCUGAUAAGCCCUACAUCCUCGUGGAUGAACUCAGGAGAGAACUUCCUCCCGAACAGGCGGAGUAUUGCAUCAUGAGGAUGCCGCCUUACAAAGGGCCCGGAGCUCCACCUGGAGCGCUAGACUACACCGCCUUCUCCACCGCCCUUUAUGGAGAAAGUGACCUUUAACUUGAGAAGACGACCUUUCAUUGGGUCAUUUUCCCUCACUCUUCCCACUCUGUAUCAUUUAACAAAAUGAACCACAUGUUUAGUUAGAUAAAAGCUUUGUCAAGACUUGGAUGCACCACUCACCUGUGCUUUUUUUUUUUUUCUAAG